AUGGAUGAUAGGCUACGUGGAGCCAAGAGUGUAGGGAGUGCCAGUCUUCAGCAGAUUGGGACCAGAAGCAGCCAGAGGAGGACUAACAAGGUCAGGACAGAUCAGGAGGUAAAGGUGGUGAUUGGGGGUUUGAAGAGCAGACCAUCCAGAGCCAAACCCGUCAGAGGGUACCGCUCAAAGAAAGAGAAGGUUAAAGAGAGCGCUUAUCAGGAUCAUUUUUUGCCAGAGGCUCAGGAUGAUUGCUGCAAUUCCGAGUCAGGAAAGUCCUUUCUGGGUGUUAGGGAGAACACAACUCUCAAAAAAGUACCUAUUACACCUGGUAGUUCCACAUGGACUGAGUUUGACAUUGUGACCCCCAAAAAAGAAGACAUAAAGAUUAUAAAAGAAGCGAAAGCAGCUGGAUGUAGUGCUACUCGUCCAGCAGAGCAAUGCACAGGAAGUGAGCCAACCAAACCAAAAGCUAUAAAAGUACAGAGAUCUUGCAAGCAGAAGAGCAGGAGAUUUACAAAGACCUUUCCAAAAAUACAUAGAGCCAAAGACCACAAGCCCUGCUCUCUGGGACUCUACUGUUCUAUAUGUGAGAAGGAACUACUUCCAGUGGCACAUGGUGCACUACGACGUGCUGUUUGUGAAUCUGAACAUUUAGGUUUUCUGAGAAACGACAGAUUUAGUUCUGGAAAAACAACCCGUCGCUGCCAGUGUGCAACAAAUCAGCAAUCACUUUCAGACAACUCACUGCUAGUAGUCCAAAGUGUCACAUCAUUGAAGGCCCUAAGGACUGCUCUCCAACCCUACUGUGAUAACACUUUAACUGCGUAUAAUGCCAUCUGGAAUACUGAGAAGGGCUCUGUAACCAGAUUUCUUCAGUGCAAAGGCUGUUUGUCCCAAAGCCUAGUGCUGUCAGGAGCUUUAAUCGCAGCAGAUAUCCACUGCCCUCGUGACAUGGCUCAAGAUCAGAUAUGGUUGGCGCCAGCAGCGGUCCAGUUCUGCUCUCUCAUCCAUAUUCAAAGCUGAAGAUUCAACAGUCCAGAAUGAAGAGAUCACUAAUGGUGGUAGAAUUGUGUAUACUGUACAUUUGAGUUUUCUGGUGAAAUGAUUGGGUUACCGCCUAAUUAAGAAAAUGAUCUGUGUAAAUCUGUGCACUGUUGCCUUGUCAGUAUUAAUGUUCAAAUAAAUAGCAUCUCAUGAAACAA